UUUAAGUAGUCGUCUUGAAAAGUCCUUGAAUUCAAAUAAGAUCCUUAAAAAGUACUUGAUUUCUUUAUAUGGUCUUAAAAAGUCGUUGAAAUUGACUACUUUGUUUACCCCACAUCAUUUUCUGUGAAAUUGGAGAGCAUAAAAAACUAGAGCAUAGGAGAAACAAAAGGUACAAAACAGAGAAAAAGGUCAACGGAGUGAAACGAAAAUAAAUGGUCGGCAUAAAACCGGAAGCAACAAUAUUUUAUCUCUGUUUUUUAUUUCUAAUGCUAUUUCUUAUCUCAUACUACAAGUCAUACCCAGUGACUGUUGUCAUUUUGCAAAGUAGUGUUGUUACGGAAAGUAGUACGACAUAAUGUGAGAGAUGAUCAACCAUGGCUGAGGAUGUAAAAAUCGUAAAUGACUCCACUGAGUGUUUUAGCCAGUAUCGUGUUCAAAAGGGGGUCAAAGAAUGCCAGUUUAUUGAAUAAAUCUUAGACCUUGAAAACUGUAAUUUUUUCUUGAAAAGUCCUUGAGUUUUGUUUCUCUGAAGUUGUACAAACCAUGGUGACGGUACAGCCCCUCUAAUCGUGUUACAAAAAAACAGACAUGCCGACCUGUGAAUAUUCUGACUGUAGUGUCUUUACAAACAAAGCAUUUGCAAGUGCGUGUUGCCAUGUACUGUCUUCGUGACUUGUUUUACAUUAGUUUGAGUUCCUUAUAUGUGUCCUUGUCUUCUAGGAUGGACAAAGCAUUUGGUGAUAGGAUUGAUGGCACAGGUAUGCUUUCUCUAGUUUACAAUGCAAAGGCGUUUUGUAAGACGACAGGUCGUUUUAAGUGGAAAAGUAAAGUCUGGCGUCACUGUUGCAAUGUACUCUCUUUUUGCGACCUUUUGGCUAUUUUGAAAUGACUGGUCAUGGUAGCCUAUGUGAAGGUCUCCCCGGGGGGACGCUCCAGAAUUCCCCGUGGGAGAACUUGCUCGCAGGCCAGGUCAGAAUUUAGGUCAGAAUUGAAGAUUUGAUCCACGGAGUAGAAACUUGGAACAACUUUGUGUAGUAUAAUAAACAGUAUAAAUGAAAAUUACUGCAUAAGCUUUUUAGUGGCACUGAUUUCAUUCACCGACUCCAAAACGUUAUCUACCCAUCACUUAAAACAGUACCAUCAGGUCCAGGUUGUUCAAAUGUUGGACAGCGCUAUCCACCGGAUAAAUCACCAUCCAGCACUGAGAUAAGCGUAAGGAAAACCAAUUGCGUUAUUGACUGGAUAGUGAUUUAUCCGGUGGAUAGCGCUAUCCACCUUUUGAACAACUGGGGCCAGAACAGAAGUGAUAAGUAUUUUUCAUUUGAAUGGACACUGUUCAGGAUUUAUCCACAGACUCGUAAUAGCAACAGAAGUACGGGAACUGAUACCUUUUUAGCUGGAUAUAUUAGCCGGUGGCACUUAAGGAUUUCGUGUGCUCGUUUUCUUAACGAAUUUUUCUUUUUCAGACGAUGAAACUGCAGGGAAAGUAGGGAUCACCAGCAGACUUUCUCGAGUGGAACGACAGGUUUUCUGAACACAUUUGUUUCAAAUCUCUGAUUUAGAACUCGAUCAAAGGGGCAAUGUUAUGCUAUUUUCUACUCAUUUAACAAGCUGAAACGUGUCUCAUUAUCUACUGAGUUCUUUAAAGUAAUGGUUCAGUUUUGUUAGUUGUUUAGGCGUUAAAACUGUUUGCAAUCGUUGGUUGCUGUGCAUUGCAAGGAUGGACAUAGACUGAAACUUGAAAAAAUUGAACCAACUUGAUCAAAAUUAUGUUUGCUGCUCCAGCGUGCAAAGAAAGUCGUGUCCGCAGGGUUGUCAUUAACAGCCGGGGGCCGGGGAUUUCCCCCAGCUACCUGGAAAAUAGAAGGAAAAUAGAACCGAAAGAAAUCCCUAGCUGUUUGAUUUCCCGCCUACUUGUUAAAUUUAACCGGUAACUUGAAAUCUUAGUUACAGCCCUGUCAGUCCGAUAGCCCGGGGCUGGGGCCCGUUUCUCGAAAGUCCCGAUAAUUAACGGGCCCGGUAAGCUGACCCCGUUUACAUUAAAGAUCGAGGUUUCAAUAGUUUUGCAUCUAACAUGAUAAAACUAUCAGUUAAUGAAACAAAAUGGAGUAGUUUGCGAGCCAGGACCCUUGCAUUUAUUCUUUAUAUUUCGAUUUGAAUAUUUGAUUUCGGGCCCGAAAAGUUACCGGGACGUUCGAGAAACGGGCCCCUGGUGGAUUUUGCAAUCGGGUUAGUGAAUUCUGUUCUUAACUUGCACGAAGGGCGAGUGACGUUUUUUGGGAAAUUCAAACUACAGAAGAACUGUAAUCAGUUCUGCUUAUCAAAAAAAUGUUUGGGCUAGUUAAAAAGACUGUUGGGCUAGUACUUACUAGCAACAACUUGCCCGAUUGGCAAACCAUAAAACUGACUUUCUUUGCACCCUGUGCUACCUGGUGAAAUUUGUUUUAUAUAUUCUUCACACCUCUACAAGAGCAGUACGUGUAUGAUGGCAUUAUUAAUGAAUUUAGGAGAAAAUUUAUUAGCAAUAUCCUCGUUACCCGGCCCUCUUUAAGAUGAAACUGAACCACUUGAUUUGUCCUAAAUGCUUUUCUUUUUCUCUUUUAUUCUUACUCGAUUUCCUUUUUGUUUAGGUGCAUUUGAUGGAUUCCAAGCUAGAGGCAGUGUUGCAGAUUCUUCACAACAUUCAAAAUUCACCAAAUUACCCUUCUGGAGGGAGUACCGCAUAUGAUUUAUUCCGUGGACACGCCGACGGCGUGUCUUCUAGGCGCUCCUCCGUUUCACGCGCACAUUCAGAUCCGUUGGAUGUAAGAACUCAAAUGGCGUUGGACACUAAUCAAAUUACCUCAAACGUGACACCAAAUUCGGAUAUACCUUGCGUGACACUCAGUGAUCCUGAGUCAGUACAAAGUUCGCUGUCGUUUGGUGAUCGUCCCCAUAGCUCACGAACGACGUCUUUGGGUUCAUUACACGGGAGUGUCACAGGUGGAGACCAUCCAAACACUGUCCAGUUAGAUGGCUUGUACAUCAGUGACGUAGGUACUCUAAACGCCCCACAGCUGUCACGCAUUCUUGUUCCGGAUAAGCGUCAGUUGUCGGACGUUACCGAAGAGAGUCUGACAGGUUCUAAAGAAACCAUCGGCUUCCCUGGAUCAAUGUCUCAACAGAAUUCUACCGCUUCUGAAACUGAUCCAGCUGCGGGGGCCGAUGAAAGUGAGCCGAAACCGGGGGAGAUGAGUAAGGAGAAGGAACGGGCGGAAGUGGACGUUGAGCCCGGGCCGGGGGAUAUUGAAGUGGUGUGGGAAAAACAAGAACCGACUACAUUAUCUCGCCGUAGAAAACGGAGUCAGCUGAGCUUAGAUAGAACUUCGGAAUCAGAAUUACAGGACGAGAAAGCGUCAAGGGAACAACACUCGCCUUCCUUCUCCACAGGCGAAGGCGAAGCUUUUGAUGAUCGAGACGUUGCCGAGCGUUAUACGGGCACGCCGGAGCGAAGAGACUCGAUAAAUGGGCGCCGAAGGAGCGCUGGAAAAAGAGAUUCCCAGGUUUAUGCUGAGGGACGGAGAUCCCCACGAGAGUCGGAAGCUGGACGUUUUGACGAGUUAACCCGGACCGCGCCGACAAGGAUGUCGGCAAAAAGGCGCCCGCUUGUCAAAUCAAAUCCCGUAGAUGUGUAGGGUUUAUUAAAUUUGCCAUUGUUCUCAACGAGGAAGGCAAAUUCCUACUUAUCCUCCCGCCACCUAACUGAGCUGGAGUCAAGAAAAAAGGAACGUCUAAUGAUCCUGGCUGCCGUAAUUUGGCCCAUAUUACUUUAUACUUCUUGGUAGUUUAGUAUGUCACGCUAUUUAAGGCUGCCAGAUGUCAGCGUCACACCAUUUAAGAGAAUUCUGUGAUCUGAAGACUGCUGUUUGAAUUGGCUUUUGACCGUACAAUCUCCCGAUUUGAAAAAGGAUGAACAAACAAACAAAUGGAAAAAAUACUAGAAGCCAUUUUCGAAAAACACCUUCAGAUGGUGUAAAAUCAAUACAAAGGAAAGGAAUUUCAGUCGAAUAUUAAACUCCUUAGGUGUGUACGGCAGAUAACAGUUGCGCAUAUUUUACUUAAUGCUCGCAAUUUCCUUAAAUACUACCUAACUCCAAUCACAGAUAUAGGCAGCCUACGCGUAGCCGUCCACUCCACCCCCUAAAGAAAACGGUGCUUUUUUUUCUAUAGGUGGGGGAAGAUAUGACUAACCAUGGCUAAGCAAGGGGCAUCUAUUCCCCUUUCAAGCCAAUCAGAGAAGUCCCUAAGGAUGAUAUAUAUGUCAUAACUUGACACUUCAGAAGUUUUGCAAGGUUAAACCAUGGAUAAUCUAUUAUCAAUGGUUAAACUUUGCAGAAGCUGAUUUUCUAAGGUACAAUACUACAUACUGAGUAAAACGUCGUAGCACCACAAGAUCUUUUUGAUGAAAGAUUUAUGGGAAGCUGGUCUCCGUAAGUGGUGCAGUGUUGAUACAGACAAGUUGCUUGCGCAGUAUACCCCAUGCUUGUAAAUACGGCUGGGUUGGGAAUGAAGACGACAUUUUCAAUCCUCGGAACAGAAUUAUAAAAAUAUAAACGCAAGGUUAGACAGCAAAAGAUAUAAAAACACAUUUUUCUCUAGGCUAAAAUAUAUCAGCUGUUGAUUAGGAAAUUUAAGAGGCCGUUAUUUAAGUUGAAGAUGUCUGUGGAUCGUUUUUUAUUACAAACUGCCAAGAUAUGUCUCGCUUAUAGGUGUAUUUUCAUAUUUUCGCAAGACACUCGACUGUGAAACAGUUUAUUCCGGA